CUUCUGCACACAGUUGCAUGAGCAUUUUGGUGGUUAAAGUGCAUGACAAUUACCAAGUUACAAAAAAAUGUUUAAAGACCCAUUUUUCAUUCAAAUGUUGAAAAUCAGAUUUCUGGGAGGGUGAACUAAAGGAUCUGCAAAUCCAGUUGCCUUCCAGAUUCCCUUUCAAAUUAUGUAAUGCUAUUUCCCACCACGCAUCCCACCAAGAGCCAUUUUAAUACAUGUCUAGUAUUUAAAGUGGCACGAGGCCACCCACCCACACUACUCGAUUGUACGAACCCUCCGGAAAAUCCUUUAUAAGGUCUAACCGUAUAAAAAAACACAGUAACCAUGUUGGCAUUGAUUCAAGCUCUGAUGGGAAACAUAUGAGCGGUAACAAUGUGUUUUCAAUAGCAGCCUAGAACACAGGGAUGCUGCGAUCUGUGUAAGUGCCUUAUUCAUGCACAGCCUGUCAUCCAGGCAACAGACUGCUGUUCUCACUCAGGAAUGUAUCUCUUGCUUUGGAGGGCUGCACCCGUCAGCUUGUUUUGAACUUCCAUCGAGCAGCUUUCAUUGGAUUCACAGCACACCUGAUUCCUUUCAUUCAGAAAUCCUCCCGGAGUUAAAUAAGGAUAACGCAAAUUUCAGAUUCUCCCUGAAGCUGCUCCCUGAGAAUCUUCAGCAUUAUUAACUUGCAUUAUGAAGCUAUUUCUACUGAUGUUCCUCCUCCUGCGUUGCCAUGGCAAACCCUAUCGGCCAGUUGAUAUCAUGGAUACAAUGAAUAUCCAUGACAUCAUGAUGAGGGAUUUUGGGGAUGAUGAUGAUGACGACGACGAUGACGACGACGACGACGAUUAUGACAAUGACCUACUGGAUUGUCCUCGUGACUGUGAAUGCUCACUAAGAGUUGUUAGGUGUUCAGACAAAGCCCUAGGGCAGGUUCCAGACAAACUUCCAGAAGACACAGUGAUGCUUGAUCUCCAGAAUAACUACAUCUCUGAGAUUAAGGAGGAUGACUUCAAGGGCUUGAACAACCUUUAUGGUUUGUUCCUGCUCAGCAAUGAAAUCACAAAGAUCCAUCCACGGGCUUUCCGAGAUAUGAAUAAGCUGAAACUUCUUUACUUGUCCUACAACCUCCUGACUGCAAUACCAGCCAACUUGCCGAAGAGUAUCCUGGAGCUACGUCUCAGUGAUAACAACAUAAACCGGAUCCAGAAAGAUGCUUUCAAGGGCAUGAUGUCCUUGCAAGUUCUAGAGAUGAGUGCCAACCCGAUUCCGAACAGUGGUAUUGAAUUUGGAGCUUUUGAAGGCAUGUCUACUUUUUAUCUGCGGAUUGCUGAGGCCAGGCUGACAGCAGUACCCAAAGAUCUGCCGUCUGCGCUCGUCGAUCUUAACCUGGAUUACAACAAGAUCGCUAAAGUGGAGGUUGAGGACUUUUUCAGAUACAAAAAGUUGCAAAGAUUGGGUUUAGAGUUCAACCAAAUCAAGUACGUGGAGAAUGGAAGCCUUGCCAGCAUUCCCAACAUCCGAGAAAUCCGCUUGGACAACAACAAACUGAAGAGAGUUCCGCCAGGUUUGAAUUCACUUAAGUAUCUCCAGGUUUUGUUACUUCAUGCCAAUAAAAUUCAAACUGUGGGAAUGAAUGACUUCUGCCCUGCUGACGUCCGGGCCAAAAAGGCCCUCUACAAUGGCAUCAGUCUCUUUGCCAAUCCAGUCAGGCACUGGCAGAUUCAGCCCGCUGCGUUCCGCUGUGUUUCAAGCCGAGGACUCCAUGUUGGGAACAGGAGGAAGUGA